UGAGUUGCGGUGCCGCGGCGGCUGGAGCUCAGUGUCUGCGGGCGCAGGAGGCGGAGUGCGGCGAGCCCGGGCGCUCGGACCCUCCCCAGCAUGGAGCUGCCCGCGGUGGGGGAGCACGUCUUCGCCGUGGAGAGCAUCGAGAAGAAGCGGAUCCGAAAGGGCAGAGUCGAGUACCUGGUGAAAUGGAGAGGCUGGUCCCCCAAAUAUAACACGUGGGAACCGGAGGAAAACAUCCUGGACCCCAGGCUGCUGAUCGCGUUCCAGAACAGGGAGAGGCAGGAGCAGCUGAUGGGAUACCGCAAACGAGGACCAAAACCGAAGCCGCUGGUUGUUCAGCUCCCUUCGUUCGCACGGCGCUCCAAUGUCCUCACUGGACUACAGGACCCUGCUGUGGACAACAGGCCGAAGCUGGAGCUGAGCUCCUCUGGCAAGAGCCAGCAGCAUCAGUACGAACUCAACAGCAAGAAGCACCACCAGUACCAGCCCAACGGGAAGGAGAGCAGCAUGAAGCACCAGCCACACAGCAAAGGGAAAUAUUACUACCAGCUGAACAGCAAGAAACACCACCACUACCAGCCUGACCCCAAGAUGUAUGAGCCCCACUACCAGCCCAGCAGCAAGGAGCCACAGAGCCAGGCCUGCUUGGACCACAGCAAAAGCUCCUUGGUCGCCCAUCCAGACAAGUGGGCUCACAGCCCAGCCAAGAGCCUGCUGAGCCCAGUAAAGAACCUGGCUACCGAGGGGAAGAAUGGAGCCGAGAAGAACCUGUCUAGUGGCACUGGGCCGCCUUCCCGGGAUGGCAUGACCAGCAAUGGCAUUGGGGGCAAAAUGAAGAUUGUCAAGAAUAAGAACAAGAACGGGCGCAUUGUGAUCGUCAUGAGCAAGUACAUGGAGAAUGGCAUGCAGGCAGUGAAGAUCAAGUCCGGGGAAGCGCCCAGGAAGCGCACCACUGAGGAGAGGACUCCCAGGAAGGGCGGGGAGGAAAAGCAGGAGGCCUGGCGAAAGCAUGGGGAGGAGAGGGUGGCAGGCAGUGACCCCAAGAGCAAAGCUGGACUUGAGGGGGGCCAGCCCCUCACAGAGCUUGGAGGGAGCCCCAGAAAGGCUCCCCCUGCCAAGGAAGCACCUCCUCCCCCUGAGCAGCCCCUGCAGCUCACCACCAAGCCCAACCUUGUGCCCUGGUCCCUGGAUCCCAGCCGGGAGCACAGCCCUGCCCCCAUGGGACUGAAUCUCUCCAGCCCAGGCGCCAGGAAGCGCUGCCUCUCCGAGCCGCAUGAGGAGAGGGAGCCAGGCAAGAAGCGCCUCACCUCACGGAGCAUCAGCGCCCCCACCUGCCUGAGCCCCCAAGCACCAGAGAGGCCCAAGCACCCUCUUCCAGCCACCUCCCAGCCAGAGGUCAUCCUGCUGGAUUCGGACCUGGACGAGCCCAUAGACUUGCGCUGUGUCAAGCCCCGGGGUGAGUGUGAGCUGGCUGUGGCGCAGGUGAAGCCAGAGGUGCCGCUGGUGCUGACGGAGAAGCCGGCAGUUGAGCCGCAGCAGCAGCAGCAGGAGGCGGAUGGGGAGGGAGAGGCAGAGCCCCUGCAGGAGUUCAAGCCCUUCUUUGGAAAUAUAAUUAUCACGGAUGUGACCGCGAACUGCCUGACCGUGACCUUCAAGGAGUAUGUGACAGUGUGAAGGGGCAGAGGCUGCUCCCCCUGGGGAGGGACCCUGACACUAUCCUGGAGCUGCCUGCCCCUCGACCCCCACUAAGGUAUUGUCACUGCCCUGACACCCAUCUCCCUCCCCACCAUGGUGACUGCAGCACUCAUGCAGGGAGAAUCCCACCAGAUGCCUCCCUGCCCAAGAGGAGGGGUGGGUGGUACACAGUGACUCUGCCCCUGCUAUGCUGGGGGUAUCCUCUACUGCUGCUCCAUCCCUGCAGUCCCAGGGCAUGCCCAGGACUUGCAGGUAUCAGGACACAUGAGGAUGGGGCCGGCCAGUUACUCACAGAGUUACAUAGUAUUAUAUUUUAACAGUGCUAACUUGUCGAGUGAUUCUUGCUCCCGUUUGUACGUGGUGUUAUUGAAAUGUAUUGUUUGAGCUGAAAGCUGGUCCCUCUCUGGCCAUGCUAAUAUAUUUAUUUGUAGGUAUUUAUAUAAUGAAAUAUAAAUCCUAGAUUUAUGGAGUCCCUAGAUCCCCUUAUAAACUAUAUCAAACAAAUAUUUUCUGUUCUUUUUAACCAUUCAGCAUUUGUUAGUCUCAUUCCUUUGACCUGUCUUCAUGAGCUGCAGGACCAUUCCCUGGUAUAUAUUUUUUGAUACUGUACAUGUGUUGUUUCUAUGUGAAAAAUAAGUUCAUUAUCUAAAGCUAAACAAGCUAUUAUAGAAACUGCUGCUACUAGAAAUGUCUAAACUAUAAGCUUCCUAUUAUUAAUUGCUUGAAUGUAAAUAUUAAAUGGAGAUGUUGAAAGUGCAUUUGAUGUUCUGCAGCUAGCAUAGAUCUGAUUGCAAAGACCAGCUGUUAGAAGGUGGGGCCUAAGCUGCCAGUGGCACUUCCUGGUUUAAGGACUGUAUUGUGGGGGAAGAAAAUGUAUCAUGCAAUCAUUGCAAAGGACUAUAAACCUUUACAAAAACUAC